UGCUUGUGGUUCGUGCAGUUUCAAGUGCAACGCGGAAAAUUGAUAAAAGUUUUUUUUAUAAUUGGUGUACUAAGUGAAAAAUGUGUAUAUUAAAUUGCAAAUUGGAAUUGUGUGUCGAAUAAAUCAAUCGUGAAUUUAUAAAAUUGUAUUUUAGGAGAUGUAUGAGUCUUUUUGCACUCCGUUGGAGAUAGAAGCGAUAGCAGCAAUCAAAAUAAAAGCAGAGAUUUUUAGACGCAGUAGCAAACGUCGCUGCUUUUAAGUUUCUUUUAUUAGAAAGCAACGUUUUUUGGAAGGGGGGUGGGGUAUGCGCCACCGGAACUUGCAGCACUAGCGCUUCCCUAAAUGCAAGAACAACAGCAGCAUCAACAAUGGAAUGCCCCCAAAUUGAUUUGUAUGAAUUCCUAACCGAGGCAGAACUGCAACACUACUAUAAUGCAAUCAAAAAUGAACUGAAAAUCACAAAUGCUGCCCACGUCAAGUAUGCAACUGACGAAGACCUCAAACACAUUGGACUGUCGCGCCCAGAAAUACGUCGCCUGCGUAAAUUCUUUGAAAAACACUUUCCACAUGGCUAUCUAAGUAAAAUAAAACGCUUAUUACAAGCGCCAGCUACCAUCGUCAAGCGUGACAGCAGUGGCGAUGGCAGCACAACACUUUCGAAUGCGUCAUUGCAUAGCGCGGCAGAGUCGCCUUUAACAGCGCGUACUGCCAACUCGCCCAGUAGGGCGCCAAAUAAUAAGCACAUUAUACCAGCCGAUUCUAUAACGGUAAAUAAGCAAUUGGGUAAUGGAGAAUUCGGCAUAGUGCAACAGGGUGUGUGGACCAACGGCACAGAACGGAUACAAGUAGCUAUAAAAUUUUUAUGCCGAGAGCGUAUGCAAUCAAAUCCGAUGGAAUUUUUAAAAGAGGCGGCUAUAAUGCACUCUAUUGAACAUGAAAAUAUUGUGCGUUUGUAUGGCGUUGUAUUGGCAACAGACUCAUUAAUGCUGGUAACAGAAUUGGCACAUCUACGUUCACUAUUAGAAUGUUUAAAAGAUCCCGGUUUGCGUGUUAGCUUUCUUACCAUACCAACGCUUUGUGAGUUUGCCAUGCAAAUAUGUAAUGGUAUGCGUUACUUGGAGAAUAAACGACUCAUACAUAGAGACCUCGCGGCGCGUAAUAUUUUGGUAUUUAGCAAAGAUAAAGUGAAAAUUUCUGAUUUCGGUCUGUCCCGUGCUUUGGGUGUGGGCAAGGAUUAUUAUAAAACAAAUUUUAAUGUCAAUCUCAAACUACCAAUUGCCUGGUGUUCACCAGAAUGUGUAAACUACUUACGUUUCACCAAUGCCUCAGAUGUAUGGGCUUAUGGCGUCUGUUUAUGGGAAAUGUUUUCCUAUGGGUUUCAACCUUGGCCUGCACUUACUGGAAUUCAGAUACUAGAGGCCGUAGAUGCGCCCAAUGGCCAGCGUCUCGAGCAACCAGAUUGUUGUCCUCAGGAGUAUUAUACACUCAUGAUGAGAUGUUGGCACGAAGAUCCUGUGAAGCGUCCUAAGUUUAGUGAAAUUUAUGAUAUGCUCCCAGAUAUGAAACCGGAGCAGUUGAAAGCGGUUGUGCAUUGUUUGGAGCCGAAAAAGGAUCAUUUGUUGUAUCGGCAAGGCGAUAUUAUAACUGUGCUUGAUCGCAAUACGGGCACACCAUUUUGGAAGGGUGUACUUACAACUGGGAAGACAGGUUUUUUCAAUCCUUCGAAUACUGUUGCAUACUUAGAGGGAUUACCCACGGCUAACCGAGACUCGUUUUGUCGCACCACUGAGCGCAUUAGCAAACGGAAAUUACGCACGGAAAUGAUUUCUAAGCCACAAAAUGAUUUUAAACACACUGGACAUGUCGGCAUUGAUGGUGAUUCAUUUGGUGAUAUCGCAUUUCUUGGCAAUUCGCAAAAUUACAGUCACGUGCCACGACAAAUUGUUACACCCUACAAGCCAUCGGAAGAUAUUGAACAAACACCACUCCUACAGCCGCCAACGCCAACCAGUCCAGAUUCAUUUCAAACUGCUAGUGGUUACUUCGCAGAAGAGGGUCCUGGUUCAACGCACAUGAAUAAUCCCACAUUCAUAUCGUCCACUGAAAACACACCGAAACAUUUCAACACCGGCAAUGGGGGUCAGCCAUCAUUUGAGUUUCCCGGACAACAGUCAUAUGCGAAAUCUUUUGCCAAUCCAUUUUCAAAUAAAACAGGGGACGAUGAGGUGACGGUCGGCGGCACACUAGCCAUGCAAAAUCACAACUACGGCAUAGACACUGAAAGCUUCCGAAGUAGCAUAGCUGCGACUGGUGGUGGUGCGCAAUGGCGUGAUAUCGACAGCAAGAAUGGCGGUAGCAGUGAAGAGCCACAUGAAUAUCAUGAAAUUUCCGAUGAUGAAAUGACUGCAGACAAGCUGGACUUUGGACCAUCUCUUUUAGAUGAAAUCACAUCCAUGUUUGGCUCAAUGAGCGCCAGUGCUAGCGCUGCUAUACCCAAAACAUCCGAUUUUGAGCAUACAUACAAAAAGAACGAAUUCGCUGAAGUCACCUCCUCGAAAUUGGUGGGCGGCAAAGGUGGUGAUGCCAAUGGUGGCAAAUUUGGCACGACGUCGAAGAAGAAGUCCUCCGGUACGGUCAAACCGAUUUCGGUGAAAGAUGAACGUAUACUCAAUCAAGCAAUCGAAAUCGCAAAUGAGAUCAGUGCGAGAUCAAUGAAUGACUUGGUAGCUGAUCCCGCGACCAGUACACAAAGUCCAAAACGUAAAUUCAGUUUUCGUUUUCCGCAUUUAUCCAGUGGCAGCGGCCAUGGCGCUGAUAGGGCAUCUGGUGGUAGUGGCUCACCGACUGCGGGUGGCAGUGUGAGUGGUAGCACUGCACCACAAAAGUCCUUGUCGCCUUAUUCGAAAAAGAAAAAUUUCACUGAAGAGCUAGAGAGCAUACCCGAUUUGCAGCGAUUUCGCUCCCUAAGUGAAAUUAAAAACGGAAACGGUCCCGAUUUGCGUAUACCUAUUUUCGAUAAAGAGAGUUCUGAUUUUUGUUUUGAGAAAUCCCGUGAAAUACUUAGUCGUCCAUUGAGCUUAGAUCCACCACCACCACCACCGCAACUAUCCGCUCAUAUCAACACACCGCCUCUUACCGCGCCCUUUGACACACAAACGUAUCGUGGUUUGCGUAAUCAAAAGAGCAUCAGCGAGAAUAUUAUGGAUAUUGAGAAUACUUUGAAGGCUCUGAAUCUCGAUUUUAUGCACACCUACACUGAGUUGGACAAAACCGACUCGGAUGAGACUCUACUGAACGAACAGUUUUCGAACAUGGUAUCCUCGAUUGAGGAUGAAAUUAGCAGCGCCGCCGGCAGCCUCAAAUCCGCUGUCUACAACUACAGUAAUGGCGUACAGACAAUGUUUGAUUUUAACGCGGCCACAAGUCAUUUGGAUAAACAUUUGCAGUAUAUCAAUACACAGAAUAAUGCGCAGGCGCAAUCAGUGCUUGGUGAUUUAAUGCAGGAUCAGAAGAUGGCUGAGGAGAAACGCUCCAGCACUCCCGAUACAGGUUUCGCUUCACGCGACACCAACAUUUCGCUCUCUCGACGCAGCAGUCAAAAGUCCAGCUAUAGUCCACAAGAGAAUUACUACAGCCCCAAGGAGACGGCGACUUUAGGUCCCAGCACGAGCAGCAGUAGUUAUAUGACUCAUAAGGAUGAGAACCUCUUGCUCGGCAGCGAGCGUUUUAGCGCCGCAAAGUAUGGCGGUAGUGCUUCGCCAAGUAAAACUACCACGCUCAAUGCGAGCAGCACUUCUGUAUACAGUACCAAUCAAAUGAAAAGCGUAGCAGGUGCGCUUGGUACCGUCGACGUUGAGCAAUACACACAAAGUGGCCAUCGGCAACGUUCUAUGUCCUUUACAGACAAUCCCAUGAAUCCCAUUUCGCCUGUACUGUCUGAGCCGCAGCAACGUUUGAAACGCCGCUCAACGCAUUCGGCUAUGGAGGAUCGCUCUAGCCACAAGCCGCACAUGCGCAGCGCCUCCUCUUAUAAACCACGUUCGAUACGCGCGCGCACUUUGCGUCGGCUCAGCUAUAACCCUAUCAUAUUGGAUUCGAGCUCAUCGAGCGAUGAUGAUCCCAUCAGCGAUUGUAAUCCGAGUAUUGCGCGCUCGGAGUGUGACAUACGCGGACGCGUUUCCUCACUCUAUCGUCGUCGGCGCCCAGCAAGCGGUGGUAGCAUUAGCGGUAACAACGGCACACAUCAGCUACUGACCCCAGGUUGGCAUAACGAUGAAGCGUCCGAAUUGAACACAACGUCACAGAAGAAACUGUACGGCUCAAAUGUGAGCAUCAAGUCAGCGCCACAUUAUAAUUACGGCGCGCGCAGCAUGUCGCACCACUACAGUCAUCAAUUCGAGGAGCAAUUUGCAUAUGAGGAUCGUAUUUACGAUUUUGGCGGUGGACGCGGCCCUGGAAAUAACUAUAGCGGCGGUGGUGUUGGCUUAGCGGCCAAUACGCAAGGUCUUGGCAAAGGGUUGGAUUUGAGUGCUAAUAAUAGUCGCGGUGUUGUUAGUAUUGGUGCGGCUAUUAAUGCUGGCAGUGGGAAUGGGAAUACUGGUGGCGGCUCAGGCUCGGGUUCUUCCUCGGCUACAUCAUCAGCGCCACCAUAUAGUGGCGUUGUGGGCGUCGGAGGCGGUGCCGGUGCAGGUAUGACCAACAUUGGCGAGCAUGGCUACAGCGCGCUCAGUGGCAUUAGUGCGCGUAAUGCAGUCUUCCACGAAUUUGAUGUUAGUCGUUUAACGGGUAAAAGUCCCACUUCCAAUUUCGCGAACUCUUCAACUGAAGAGCGCGGCCGCGCACAUCCAUCACCGCCCAAAUCGUUACCACUUCUAAAUGCAGCAGCGCCGUCAGCAGGCGGCACUUCAGCGAGCGCGUUACACAAGAGCUUGAAUAGCGCCAAACAACAAAUGGAAUUCCAUUGGCCCGAAAAGAUACAUGCGUCCACGGUAAAACAGAAUGAAUUGCUCUGGCGCCAGCAGCAGCAACAAGAACGCCAACACGACACAUCGCUGACGAAACAUCAAGCGCACAACGCUUUCUUGGGCAGCAUGCGCGUCAGCAGCGCCACUGCAGGCGUUGGUCUGACACUAGGUGCCGGUGGUGUUGGUGAGCCGGCUUAUACCAGCGACAGUUCUUCCAGCGAUAGCGAUGAAUUCGCAUUUCGCACCGAGUUCAUACCUCACGUACCACCAAGUCCAGCGCCAUAACUAAAGAAAAUGCUGAGAUAUUUUUUCAAUUUACUUUUUGGUAAUGUCUUGGAGGAUCAACCACAGCAGCACUAAAGUGUCUGUGUGUAUGUGUGUUUGCAGGGGCGUUAAGUGCGGCGAAUUGAAGGAAGGAAGACAAGCAUAGACAUACCACAUACAUAUGUAUGUAGUAACGUAAAGAAUUGAUUGAUUUACUUAGUAUGUAAGCAAUUUGAUAGAUAUUUAGAGCAGUAUUUUUUUGUUGUAAGGAGUAACGUAGAGUAACGAAAACGCUAAAGAGAGAAAUUUUGUUUGUUGCGAAUGCGACCGACGCUGCGAGUGAAACCGGUGAAGCUAGUAAAUGCUACUUGCAACCGCUUCAGCUGCUCCUUGGUUGCAUAUUUACCACUUAUUCAUUGAUAUGCGAGCUGCUUAAAUUUGUUUGUUGGAUUUGUAAGAAAAUUUAUAAAAUAUUAAAUUAAAUGAGUAAAAAUGUUGGCAACAAUGUCAAGUUGCCUCCAAAUUUUUCGUUUGCUUUUUUUUGGGGAAUUUAAAUUGCCGAAUAGUUUAUUGAUUAAAAAUUCGUAUGAACAGCAGCGCAGAUAAUUCUUAACAUAGGGAGUGCCUUAUCGAGAGUAAUUAUUUUCUGCAUCCACGCAGCGCACAUGCAUACAAACAUACAUACAUAAACGCACUUAAAGCAUUUAAAGAUUUUAAAGCGCAUUUUUUUGUAAUCAAAAUCAUAACUUUUAGCUCAAUUUCACAAAAAAAUGAGCGGUUUCACAUAAAUUGCGAAUUUGCAUACAUCAAACAUUAACAGUGAAAAAAUUCAAACAUAAAUGAAAAUGAAAAAGUUCCCAAAUGCAAACAGCAAAGAAAUAAACUUUUAUGCAGACUUUUUAUGCGCAACAAUCAAUAGCUUAAUACAAUUGUUUUUAUACAUAAAAAAUAUUUUUACAAAAAUUUUCUUUUUACAAAACUUAUGUAAAAGACAUGGCUCGACAUAAAAUAAACCAGAAUACAAAACAGAACAAUAAACAAUAAAUUUCAGAAGGCAUUUAAAAUUGUAUGUUUCUUGAAG